AAGUCUGCACAACAAAAAAUGUCUGCAGCAAUACACCUGAAAUCGGCAGAUUUACUGACAAAUCUGCAGAUCUGGCAUCUUUGCUUAAAAGCUUCAUAGGAGUUGCGUGACUGAUUGUAAUUUUUUUAAUCGAGUUUAAUCUAAUACAGUUAUUGAUGUGGUUAUUCUAAAAUAUAAUGCGCCAUGCGAAGGGUUGCGAUAAUGCAUAAUGGAUGUUAAUCGAAACAGUAGACCUAGAUGCAAACGAAUCACUUUCCCCAACCAACACCAAUGAAUCCCGUUUUACUCCAGAUCAUGCUGUGGAUGGUAACAAAAAUAUCACAAUUGAGAAUAGUGCAAUAAAUGUGUGUACAAUAUGCUGUGAUCGCGCAACGGGGAAACACUACGGAGCAGCUUCAUGUGAUGGAUGCAAAGGAUUUUUUCGUCGAAGCGUGCGCAAAAAUCAUUCGUAUACUUGCAGAUUUUCCAGAAACUGCGUUGUAGAUAAAGAUAAAAGAAAUCAGUGUAGAUAUUGUAGACUUAGAAAAUGUUUCAAGGCGGGCAUGAAAAAAGAAGCCGUUCAAAAUGAACGAGAUCGUAUCAGCGGUAGGCGUCCCAGCUUAGAGGAAAUAGAUACAUCAAACGGUUUGUCGGUGAAAUUUUUGUUGCGAGCUGAAAAUUUCAGUAGACAUUUUGGGGCAGCGCUUGAUGAUACCAAGGAUGGAGAUGAAGAUUUGUCGAACAAACGAUAUGCAAGCAUAAAUGAUGUAUGUGAUUCAAUGAAGCAGCAAUUACUCAUUCUAGUUGAGUGGGCAAAGUUUAUACCAGCAUUUGCUGAGCUGCAGCUUGAUGAUCAGGUGGCUUUACUUAGAGCUCACGCUGGUGAACAUCUCUUAUUAGGUCUAUCGAGACGAUCAAUGCACCUGGAAGACAUGCUGCUUUUGGGAAAUAACUGCGUUAUAACAAAGCGGUGUCCAGAUUCCAAAGUAGCACCUAAUCUCGAUAUAUCAAAAAUAGGAGCAAGGAUAAUCGACGAACUUGUCAGUGCCAUAAAAGAUAUUGAACUAGAUGAUUCAGAACUGGCCUGUAUAAAAGCAUUGGUUUUCUUCGACCCAAGUAUAAGAGGUCUGAACCAACCGCAAAAAAUCAAAGCUAUAAGACAUCAGGUUCUCAACAAUUUAGAAGAUUACGUGUCUGAUAAGCAAUAUGAGUCUAGAGGACGUUUUGGGGAAAUUUUGCUGAUUCUACCGGUACUGCAGUCAAUAACUUGGCAAAUGAUUCAGCAGAUUGAACUGGCUAAAAUGUUUGGUGUUGCUCAUAUUGACAGUUUGUUACAAGAAAUGCUACUUGGAGGGGAAGCUAUGGAAAAUACAACAUCGUCUACACCUCCGCUGAUUAAUUUCACGAAUAGUGGUGACAGUCCCAUUCAAAUAGGUCCAGGUGAUGAUCAAGCUCAAGUGGAAAUAAUGGAUCAUAGCCAUGAAAAUCCAGCAUCCUCAUCUUGUGAUAUGAUAGAGACAGAGAAGAUCGAGGGUGGUAACAACAUCAUUGUCCCUACAUUGAUUGAAAAUAUUAGCAACUAUAAUAUCUCUUCAUCAGUAAAUAGUUUUCAGCGAAUUGGAAAUGUACAGGAUUAUAUACAUCAUGAUGAUGUUUACAAUAACCCGUACAUCUCAUCGACGUCUUCCGGAAUGCAGCCCGUAUCUACUAAUCGACAUACGCAAACAAACGCUUUGUUACCUAUCCAUCAUCUAACCCGUGAUGAAUUCCUUAAAUUAGAGUUAAAGCGAGAACCUGAUGCUAAUGGAUAUUGAAAUGAUGAUCAUUUGUGUGAUUUUUCUACUCUAGGGUACCAUCUUUUUAAAAACACAUUUGUUGGUUAUAUUCACUAGAUUAUAAUAGUCUUCAAUAGUUAUACUUUCUACAGAGGUAACCGCGCAGUAAACUAUUUUUUUGUUUUUAAGGUAUUGUUUUGGUUUUUUUAUAAAUAUGGGACCAGGUAUAGACUUUUAAAAAUGAAUACACUAGGUAUUCAUGAAAUAUACAUCUGAUAUUUUAAAAUAUUCUGCAAAAUAAAAAAAAGAUGGUCAGAAAAAAUCCGGUUGGUGUGCGAUUAU